GCUCUACCCCUCUGCCUUUGGUCACACAGAAAGCUCGGGCGAGGCAUUCAUUAGUAUUAUUUUGCUUCUGGGAGAAGAAGAGGAGAAGAGAAGACGAAUCUCUCCUCCUUUUCUUCUCAUUCUGUUUAUUUGUUGCUGCCGACCGAAGCUAACUCUCGUUGAUCUUUCUUCAUCCGAUGGCUCGUGCUAUCUCGAACGGAAAGAUCCUCUUUGCCGCUCUCUCGAACGGAAGUGAUGGACUUGUCUUGACCAGCAGACGAUUUUCAUCGUCGGCGGCGGGGGCGGCUGCGUCAUCCGGAAGGGGUUUGAUGGAGGAGAAGGCAGUAUUGAUGAGUGGAAUUAAAAAAUCAGUAGCGGCGACCUCAGAUGCUGCUUGGGUUCCCGAUCCUGUGACGGGCUAUUACAGGCCGGCGAAAAGUCUCAGAGAGAUAGAUCCAGCUGAGCUGCGCAAGAUGUUUCUUAAGAGGAAGGAAUAGAUUCGAGAGUAGGAUCACGGCGGUGGAUUUAGGGGAUCUGCUGCUGGCUACAUGUCAUGCCCGUUUUUUGUUUUCGUUUGUCUUUUUUUUUUAUUAUCUUUUAUGCUAUGUCAUAGCGUGAAACAAAAUGUGCUGUCAUGUUUUUAUACUAUCAAUCAAUCUGUCUUUAGUUUUCAAGCGA